AUGUCCAGUGCUGCAUCAACAAAUGAUCAAUAUACAGUUUUAGUCGUACUUUAUGAAGGAGGUGAAGCUGGUAAAAACAAUAAAAAUAUCUUAGGUUGUGUAGAAAAUGCACUCGGUUUACCUGAAUGGAUUAAAGAAAAUAAACUUGAAGAUCGUAUUAAACUUAUUGUAACAUCUGAUAAAGAUGGUGACAACAGUGUUGCUGAAAAAGUUUUACCUGAGGCCAGUGUUGUUAUAUCACAACCAUUCUGGCCAUUUUAUCUCAAUCAAGAACGUAUCGAUAAAGCAAAAAAAUUACAAUUAGCAAUUACAGCUGGUAUUGGUUCUGAUCAUGUCAAUUUAGAAGCAGCUUGCAAACGAGGAAUUACUGUCGCUGAAGUAACGGGCUCUAAUGUUGUCAGUGUUGCUGAGCAUGUUAUUAUGCAGAUAUUAGCACUUGUACGAAAUUUUAUCCCAGCUUAUAAACAAGUUAUCAACGGUGAAUGGGAUAUAGCUGCAAUUGCUGAUAAUGCAUAUGAUUUAGAAAAUAAACAUGUUGGUGUCGUUGGUGCUGGUCGUAUUGGUGUUCGUGUUUUACAACGUCUUAAACCAUUUGAUGUUCAUUUACAUUAUUAUGAUAAAUAUCGUUUAAAUGAAUCAUUGGAAAAAGAACUUAAUGUAACAUAUCAUUCAAGUGUUGAAUCAUUAGUUCAAAUAUGCGAUAUUAUUUCAAUAAAUUGUCCAUUACAUCCUGAAACAGAAGAUUUGUUUAAUAAAAGGUUGCUAUCAUUGAUGAAAAAAGGUAGUUAUAUUGUUAAUACAGCACGUGGAAAAAUUGUCAAUCGAAAUGAUUUGGUUGAAGCUGUUAAUUCAAAUCAUAUUCAAGGUUAUGCUGGAGAUGUUUGGUAUCCACAACCAGCAUCGAAGGAACAUCCAUGGCGUUCAAUGGCACGACAUGCAAUGACACCACAUUAUUCAGGUACGACACUUGAUGCUCAGGCACGUUAUGCAGCUGGUGUCAAAGAAAUUCUUGAAAAUUGGCUUAAUCAGAAACCACUACGGCAAGAAUAUCUAAUUGUUGACAAAGGACAAGUUGUUAGCCCUGCUUACACAGUAGGUGAUGCAACCAAAGGAAGCACAUAA